AGAAAGCAAUACAACAGUCUGGCAAUGUGAGGCGGCAUUGGAGAGCUGCUAGACCAGGGAAGCUGGCGAAGAGACGCAAACCCCUUACUCUGGGCUCAGCGUGAUCCCAUUGGUUCCCGAGCCGCUGUUUUAAAGCGAAGAAGAGCCUGGAGGAUUGAACUGCACAGCCAGACGCAGACUCUCAGCCAAGUUGUCAGCACGCUGGGAGGAAGAGAAGCUCACACACGCACGAGAUUGCAGGGUGUCCGCAGCUUGAUGUUCGUUUGUUUCCAGGAAGGAAGAACGGAGAGUGAACAACAACAAAAAACCAACCAAAAACAAACCAAACAAAAAAACCCAAACCACAACAGAAAAGGGGGAAGGAGUCUGAUCCGGUCCAGCAGUCCCGAGGGGAAUAAUGGAUGUGACCAUAUCUCAGUUCAUCUUAGAAGAAUUUGAUGUCAACUGCAGCCUCCUGGAUCGUUUACAAGAGACUUUUUUAGAGAGUUCCUCUAUCCCUUUCCUGGGCUUUGAUGGUCCGUACUGCAAUGCCACCACUGAUCAGAUCGGGACCUGCUGGCCCAGAACCUCUGCGGGGGAACUAGUAGAGAGACCCUGCCCGGAGUUCUUCAAUGGGAUCAAAUACAACACCACAAGAAAUGCCUACAGAGAAUGCCUGGGCAAUGGGACAUGGGCUUCCAAGAUAAACUACUCUCAGUGCGAGCCUAUUCUGGACGACAAGAGGAAGUAUGCGCUCCAUUACAAGAUUGCUCUCAUCAUAAACUACCUGGGGCACUGUAUAUCAGUAGGGGCCCUUAUAGUUGCCUUUAUGCUUUUCUUGUGCUUGAGGAGUAUCAGAUGCCUGCGGAAUAUUAUCCACUGGAACCUGAUCACCACAUUCAUCCUGAGGAAUGUGAUGUGGUUUCUGCUUCAAAUGAUAGAUCACAACAUACAUGAAAGCAAUGAACCCUGGUGUCGAUGUAUUACCACUGUCUACAAUUAUUUUGUGGUGACCAACUUCUUCUGGAUGUUUGUGGAAGGCUGCUACUUACACACCGCUAUAGUGAUGACUUAUUCCACAGAUAAGCUGCGGAAAUGGGUCUUUCUCUUCAUAGGAUGGUGUAUUCCUUGCCCAAUCAUCAUUGCCUGGGCCAUUGGCAAACUAUAUUAUGAAAAUGAACAAUGCUGGUUUGGAAAAGAGCCAGGGAAAUAUAUCGACUACAUAUAUCAAGGGCCAGUGAUUCUUGUUCUUCUGAUAAAUUUUGUAUUUCUAUUUAACAUAGUUAGGAUUUUAAUGACGAAGCUGAGAGCUUCAACCACUUCAGAAACAAUACAGUACAGGAAGGCAGUCAAGGCCACGUUAGUUCUUCUGCCUCUGCUAGGCAUCACCUAUAUGCUUUUCUUUGUCAACCCUGGUGAAGAUGACAUUUCCCAGAUCGUCUUCAUCUAUUUCAAUUCCUUCCUGCAGUCUUUUCAGGGUUUCUUUGUGUCAGUAUUUUACUGCUUCUUGAAUGGUGAGGUCCGUUCUGCUGCCAGGAAAAGAUGGCACCGCUGGCAAGACCAUCACUCUCUCCGAGUGCGUGUGGCACGUGCCAUGUCUAUUCCUACGUCUCCGACACGAAUCAGCUUCCACAGCAUCAAACAGACCGCAGCUGUGUGAUAUGACCCACACAUAACACGCACCACAUGGUGGCCUUCAGGGUUCUUUCUUCAUUCUCCCGAAACCCGUUCUUCAGACUUCCUUCCUUUAUUCUGCACUGCUCUCUAUCGCAAUGAGGUGCCCAUCAUAUUUUUGUGGACUCUCAUCUCCCAUAUUUGUGAUGCUGCUUUAAGGCAAAAGCUCUUCAAGUAGGCACUGGUGAAACAGAUUCAAAGAAGAAAGAGAUUCAACACUGACUGCACCUUGUGGAAGUUCACGAUACAAAGUCAAAAACAGCACACUGGCAGGAACAAUCGAUUUUUUUUCUCCUGUCUUUUUUUUGUUUUUCCAUUCUGUAUUGUGGUGAGCAAAGACUUUUUUUAACAUACUGCCCAUCUCACCCUGUACAUUGAUUCCCGAUGAUUUCAAGAGUUUGAUGUAUAGAUAGCCCGUCUCUUUCUUGUUUCUUUGUAAAAAUUUCCUCUCUGCAGAACUGUCAUUUGAGAACAUGUGGCAGCAAGAAAAAGAGCAUCUGAAAGGUGGUGUGAAAAGUCCGAAUGUAUCUGCCUUCCCCAUUUCUCCCUUUGAUAGACUGGGAGUUUGCCAGGACAUCACUGGACUGUUUAACAGAGGGCACCUUGCCUUGCAAGAGCCAUGUCCUGGUCGUACACAAAAUUCGGAAAAGGACAGCAGUAUCUCUAGAUAGCUCUAUAAAAUAUCCCUAUUCCUCUUAGCCCCACGCUUUCGACACAAUGUAAGUAGUCUUUGGAAAGUCUGUGGUUUUUUUUCAGCUAAGAGGAUUGGGGUGGGGAAGUACAACAGAACAUGUUUUCUGGGUUUAAAAAAUAUAAAAGGGAAGCACUGUAAAAAUAAUAAUGAGAAGAGGAUGUUUGCAUCAUGAGGAUAGUGCUAUGUGCUGCACAAAGAUUAUCUAUUGAGCAUUUUGAACUAGAGCAGUUGUAUCUACUAGGCUUUUUAUGUGAUGUUCAAAAAUACUGUAUAUUUUCAAUAAUAAACACUACUCUGGGUUGGUUUCAAUAAAACCAGGCAUCAUUUUCUUUACUCUGGAAAGGAAGAGGACGCCUAUCUUGAGCGUGUUUUUGUAUUUAAGAUCAGAGUAAGAAAUCCUGUUUGAUAACGAGCCAAUAAGAAGAACAAUCUCAUGAUAAAAUCUGAGCA